AUGGAUGCAAACGGCGGCUUACGCCGAUCUACCCUCUUCCUCUUCUCCCUCCUCCUGCUCUCAUCCUUUAUCUACAUCUCCAUCGCCUCAUCAGCACUGAGUGAAGAUCAGUUCGAUUUCUCUUUGCCCUCCAAAUCACACAUCUCAAACCACAAGCACAAGGUCUACUUUACGGAGAAGGGUAAGAGCGUGGAGGUUCGGCUGGCCUACGACACAGAUGACGACGAGUUCGUGAGCGUGAAUGUGCUGGAUCGGAAAAAUCCAAACGCCGCUCUCCUGAUCUACACCCCCUCUGCAUCUUUCACCGGCAAGGACACCUUCCUCUGCGAGCUCUGCCGCACGAGAGACGGCAACAGGGCGUGCUCGCAGAUGCAGGUCACUGUGGCUGUCCGCAUCGACACCGCGGAUGACCAGGUGUCUACGGUGGAGGGCCAACAGGUGGAACUCAUGCUUCUCGAGAACGAUGAUAUCUUGGCCGACCCCGAUACCCUCCUCAUUGUCUCUUCCCCUCUCAACGGAGCCAUCGACAUCGGCUCAGGAGUUCGCUAUGACUCGCUCGAGUACGAGGUGUGUCAGGACGAGUCGAGGGACAACUGCGGUCGCGCCGUGGCCAACAUCACCGUAACUCUGCUCACCAGGCCCGAUGAGUUCGAGGUUUCGUCGCGGGUGGCCAGCGUGUUGGACCUCCUGAAGAACGAUGGCAGCCAGGCCCACAUCGACGACCGCACGCUGAAGAUCUCGGCCGAGCCCAAGCACGGCACCAUCGUCUCCAUCGAGACGGGCGAGGUGACGUACCUGCCUCAGCGCAACUUUGCCGGCGAGGAUUCGUUCUACUACACCGUGUGCUCCCAGGAGCUCGUCGACAGCAGCAGCCUGCUCAAGACGCAGCAGACCGCCCAGUCGGCCUUCCUGCAGGUCAACGUCAUCUUCGAGCACUACACGGAGGAGCAGCGCGAGCGCGAGGCCAAGACUGCUGCCGCCCCUCUGGUCCAGAAGGAAGACCUCCCCACCAGCAUGGAGCAGGUCAGCUCCUGGUUCAGCGCGUCCGACGCCCUCGACGCCAUGCACCAGGAGAUGCGCACUCAACAUGCCACCCUCCAGGAGCAGCUCCUUCACCUCAAGAGCGUGGAGGUGUUUGCGACGUGGCUGGCCAACCACGAGUUCUCCGCCAUGCGAAAGGCGACCGCAAGCAACAAGGCCCAGAUCAGCGACACGAUCGGUGAGUGGGACAUUGUGAUUGUCGAGGUGAGCGACGGCGGCAAGGACGUCUACGGCGAGAUGGAGGCCGACAUCGAGGCCACCGUGUCCCGUAUCUUCGUGGAGGACCUCAGUUACCUCGAGGCCGGCGACCUCGCCAGCGCGGUGCUGGCCCAGUGGCUCUGGGAUAACCACAAGGAGGACGUGGAGCGCGUGGUGCAGCAGCACUCGCAGGUGGUCAUCGACAAGCGCAGGGUCUGCUCCGAGCCAGUGAAGGUGACCGUCAUCGUCCAACUGUGGGCCAAGGACGACAGCAUCCGGGUCAAGGAGGGCUCCACGACCGAUGUGGUGGUGCUCGCCAACGAUCACGUGCUGACCAAGCCCUCCACCCUCCUGCUCGUGAGCCUGCCCUCCGCACCGGGCGCCACAGUGGACGUGGUGCAGAAGGGCACCUACUUUGUGCUUCGAUACAGCACGCCCAUGGGCUUCUUCGGACCGGACCGCUUCGAGUACCAGGUGUGCACGGACCACACUCGCACCAUCUGCGGCCGCGCCCACGUGCUGGCGCAGGUGGAGAACUACGCCGCGCAGGCCCACAACGACUUCUAUCAGCUGCCCUACAACCCCAAGGCCCACCGGAUCUGCCCCCUGAACAACGACAGACACGUCGACCGCAGAUCGCUCAGCGUUGAGCGCGAGUCGGCCAAGGGAGCGCUUCUGGAGCUGGAACAGGACGAGCAGGGCGCCAAUACCGGCUGCGUGCUCUACACGGCGAGGGAGGCGGCCUCGGGCGACGAUCACUUCCACUACGAGGUCUGCGGCACCGGCCGGGGCUGCGUGCAGGCUAAAGUCCGCCUCGACGUGGCCUGCUCCUACUUUGGCCAGGAUCCGGCCCAGGUGGACUACCUGCUGAUGCAGCAAGUGAACGAAGAGCUGAUCGACAAGGUGAACGAGACCAUCGCCUUGUUGAAGCGACUCAAGACCCUGAGCCGAGGGUAUGAUCCCCGCACCAACAUGGAGCUAUCGGAGGACACCCAGGAGUGGAACCAAGCCCUGCGGGCCUUCAGCAAGGAGGACCUUGCCAACAUGGAGCAGCUCCAGGCCUACGUACUUGGCCGACUCCUGGCCAUCACCCCCAACCCAUCUUGUGGUACUGCUUGA